ACCUCGUAAAGGAAUCUGUGACGUUGCUUUUCAGCUUCAUCCAUACUUUCUCUUCGUUCAAUGUCCAUUCAGUUUCUCACUCUUCCCUCACUGCAACCAAAAACGGCAACUUUGAUCCAAACCUACCCUUCCCUUUAUUGAACCUUCAAAUCCCUUCACUCUUUACUCUUCCCCAGUCUCAAUAUUCAUAAAGUUCACCCAUUUCCUCACUUGUUUUCUUUCAUUUCUUCACAUUGGAGGUUUAGGGUUCUGCUCUUGCCUUUUCUAUUUGAGGAUUUUUAUGCUCGAGUUCUGUGGUUUCUAAAGCAUUCACAUGGGGAAAGGAAGGAGUCCUGGGAAAUGGUUCAAGAACUUACUCUUAGGGAAAAAAUCCUCGUCAAAGUCUACUUCAUCAAAGAAGAACGAUAUUUUUAAACCUUUAAGUGACAAGGAUCCGCUGGUGUCUUCUGAGGUGCCUGUGACUGACCCAACUGUGGAUUCUUUGCGGAUAUCCUCACCAAUAUCCGGAGUUAAUGAUACUAAAGGAGUGCUUUCAGAAAAGGUGGUAGUUAGUAGGUCGUCACAAGAUAGGGAUGUGCUUUCAAAUGGAGAUGAAGGGGUUAAGGUGCUAGAAGUUGCUAAUUGUGGAUCUCAAGAGGAUGUUGAGAAACUCCAGCUUAUCGAAGCAGCUAUAAAAGUUCAGGCUGCUUGUAGAAGCUAUCUGGCUCGUCAAACAUUUCAAACACUCAAAGGUGUCAUACAACUGCAAGCUCUUAUUCGUGGCCACUUGGUUAGAAGACAAGCUGUUUCUGCUUUAUACUGCGUGAAGGGAAUAGUUAAAUUGCAAGCAUUGGCUCGUGGUUACAAUGUUAGAUGUUCUGAUAUUGGGCUUGCAGUCCAGAAAAUUCGUAAGGAUACUCAUUGUUCAAAUUCUAUUCGGGCAGUUUCAUCCACACAGGCAGAGAAGCUGUCUGAAAAUGUCUUUGUUUGCAAGCUUCUGGCUUCAUCCCCAUCUGCAGUUCCUCUUUCACUCAAUGGUGACCCUGGAGAACCUAAACUGGCCUGGAAGUGGCUGGACUAUUGGACACAGUCACACUUCUGGGCCCCUCUUCCCAAAUUGAAAAGGAAACUUGACUCCGUGUCUGAUGAGAAAAAUGGAAGUUCUCAGACAGUUGAAACGGGAGAAGUUAAAAAAAAUACUCGGAAAUCUACUUCUUUGAAAGCUGACAAUGGCCCAAAUUUAGGAUCCAACAAAUCUAAACUGCGUCCGAAAAAGGAUUCAAGCCACCCAUUGUCUUCAGCUCAGGAACAGCCACAAAAAGAAACCAAGAAAAGUAGUGCUGAAAAAGUUCACAAUGGAUCUGAGGUUGUUAAUGAAAAAAGAAAAUCCAGCGGUAGAAAGAUUUUGGAUCAUGCUGUUACUGAUAUUUCAGAGAAGGGCCCUAGUGCCUCUUCAGAGAAAACGAAAGAUUCAACAGAGCCAAAGUCAAAAGAGUCUGAUGCUGAGAAAGCUCUUGGACAGCAAGCAAACGACAAGAAUGAUGAACCACAUAAUGAUCCAUUUGCUGUCUUAAAGACUAGUGUCGAGAAGGGUGAAAAUGAAAGAAUUCAAGGAGUCAGCGACGAUUUGAAUGGUGGUGACAAUUGCAUCAGUAACAAUUGCCAAAGAAGAGCUUCACUACCUGCUAAUUUUAAUGAUCAAGAUAAUGAGUUGUAUAACACUCCAAGAUUGCCCAGUUAUAUGGCUCCUACUGAAUCUGCAAAAGCUAAGCUAAGAGCACAAGGGUCCCCAAGAUUUGCUACUGAUUUGGUAGAGAAAAAUGGUACAACCAGGCGGCAUUCACUUUCAUCCUCACUUACAUCCUCACUUAAUGGCAAGUCAGGUUCAUUUUCCCCAAGAGCUGAAAGGUUGGUAGCCAUGAGCAGCAGAGGAGCGAUAAGGUCUGAUAGAUCUCUUUCAUCUUCAAGGGAUGGAACUGAGAAGAUAAUCCAACCUCAGUGGAGAAGGUGAUUCUUCGUUAUUUUUCAAGGCAAGGAUACUUGAAGGAGGUAAAAACUUGAAUAGUAAAAAACAUGCAGACUUGCAUUACAACCUUACUUUACUUUUCAUUUUCAUUACUAUUUAUAGUCAUGGAAGAAAGGGAUACAAUAUUGUGAUCAGCAUCUGAUAUCAAAUUUCUUUUAGUAGGAGUACUUUGGUGGGUAUAUAUUUACGGAUCUAAUGUGCUUGUUUUCUUGCGUCUGUGAUGUAUUAUUAUUGCUAAGAAAAUUGGUUCAGUGUCAUAUUCAUACUCAGCUUUAGAAACACCAGAGGCAUUAUGAGCAAUCGAAAGAAUUUGAAGUGACAUUGCAUUAAGCUUAAAAA